GCGGCCAUGGCGGCCCUGUCGGCCAGGCCCCGGCGCUUCUUUCGCUGCUCCUGCUUCUGCAGCGAGAACCUCUUCCUGACGCGUUACCGCCUGCACGUGCGCUUCCGCGGGGAGCAGCAGCUGCGCCGGGACUACGGCCCGGCGCUUCGGCGACACUUACUUCACUUGUGGCCCCCACCACAUCCCCACGAAAUCCUGAGGAGCCUUGGCUGCCGGAGCCCUGAGGACUUUCAGCAGGUUUUGAUCGAGCUCGAGAAAGAGGUCCAGAGGAGAAAAGAGCUUGCCCGACAGUCCGUGGAGAGGAAAGCCAUCAUCUCCCAGCACUAUCGACCGGCUCAUCCAGAGCUUUAUGUUUUACAGGAGCGGUUUCUGGCACCAGAGUUUCUGGCGACGGUCCGCUACUGCAGGUCUCCGGGCGCCAACCUCCCAGGCCUCCUGCAGCACAUCGAUUCCCUCUCAGAAGAGAAGAGGAUCUAUCGGCUGCCAGUGUUCACGGCCGCCUUCUGCCGGGCCUUCGUCGAGGAGCUGGAGCACUUCGAGCAGUCUGAUAUGCCCAAGGGUCGCCCCAACACCAUGAACAACUACGGGGUCCUGAUGCACGAGCUGGGCCUGGACACCUCCCUGGUCACCCCUCUGCGAGAGCAAUACCUGCAGCCCCUGACGGCUCUGCUCUACCCCGACUGCGGGGGCCACCAGCUAGACAGCCACCGCGCCUUCGUGGUCAAGUACUCUCUGCAGGAGGACCGGGACCUCAGCUGGCACUACGACAACGCGGAGGUCACCCUCAACGUGUCCCUCGGGAAGGACUUCUCCCAGGGCAACUUGAACUUCGGAGGCCUGCGGCAGGUUCCAGGUGUUGCUCCCCAGGGCCUGGAGGUAGAACACGUGGUCACGCGAGGCUUGCUGCACCUGGGAGGCCAGAUGCACUGCGCCCUGCCCGUGGCGGCCGGGGAGCGCUGGAACCUCAUCGUCUGGAUGAGGGCGUCCGCCGUCCGCAACCGACUCUGCCCCAUGUGCGGCUGCACCCCCGACCUGGUGGACGACGAGGGCUUUGGGGACGGCUUCACGAGAGAAGAGCCCUCCGGGACCGUGGACGUCUGCUCCUUGACCUGAAGCGGCCUGAGCCGGGGCUAGGAAAGGCAGCACGAGUCCAGCCUGAAGCAGCGACGGGAACGGAUCUGGGGGCUCAGCAAAAGGGGUGGGGGCGGCUGAGAUCCCAAGAAGUCUGACUUCAGUUGCUCCAGGAUCUUAUUUAGGGGUCUGGCUGGGCACCGACCAAAGAGUUUUUCUACUACAUCCUCACCCAAGGCUCCCCACCUCUUCAGAAGGGUCUGGACGCUGGUCUGGGGAUUCGGCUGACCUGAUCUGUCCGUGAGUCGGUAAACAUCCCGGAAAGGUGCAGAAACUCCGGCCUCAGUUCAGGAAGGCUGAAGGGGGUAUCCCGGCCUUCCCCAGCCCGCUGCCGGGCUCACUUGGGAGGGACCUCUCCAUUCUAAGAGAGCCAGGUUCUCAAGGAGAAGGCUGAUGUCUCAAAGUUGUCCCACCCCUUUCAGAGCUCAGCUGCCUCUCCCAGAGCCCCUCGCUCUGUGGGGUGUCUCUCCGUGCCCUUUUCCAGGCCCAUGAAGGUGUCCUCUCAUUUCUAAUUACUGCCUUGCCAACCUUCCCAGCCCAAGCAGGGUUGGGAGCUGAAAGGAGCUGCUCUAACCUGGUGCUCAUAGGGCCAGAGGGGAAGGCUCAGGGACUGGGAUAAAGGGAGAAAUGACAAGGAGUAGGAACCGGA